AUGAGAUUAAUUGUACUAUAUUUACUGAUCGCCUUGAUCAGCAAAGCUAGCUGUGCUACUAGUUUGCUGGAAAUGUCUCAAAAUCUUUGGUCAAAAUUUCUCAAUGGUGGACUAGCUAAUAUCGGGCCGUUAGACCCACUGCGGAUUCCUAUGGUAAAAGUUGACCAGUCUCAAAAUAGAACAAAUUAUCGAAUAAUUUUGAAAAACAUUGAAAUUGCUGGUCUCAAUCAAUCAACACUGGAAAGUAUUCACAUCGGAAAAGGAAGUGUUAAGUCUAAUUUGAGUGAACAUGAAGCUGGGUAUGUCAGCUAUUCCGAUCGCAAUGUUAUUGAUUCAAUUAGGUAUCGAUUUCAUACAGUAGUGAAAGAGCCUAAAACUCAGGAUAGUGAAGAGCUGAGAGUUCAACCAAUUGAAACCUUUGAGGAGUCUGAAAGUGAAAAUAGGUAUGCUAAUGAUCAAUCUCAAAGAAGAUAUAACAGUCAACAAAGUCAACAGAGGUACGCUAAUGGUCAGCAAAGAUUUAACAACGAUCAACAAAAUCAACAAAGGUAUAGUAAUAAUCAACAAAAUCAACAGAGGUAUAGUAAUAAUCAACAAAAUCAACAGAGGUAUAAUGAUGAACGGUUCACUAAUCAGCAACAUCAACAAAAUUCUGAACAACAACCGCAAAGAACUCAAGGAUCUCAAUAUCAAGAAGGAUUCGAUAAUAGAAGAUCUCAAAGUAAUAGUGAUCGGUACAACAAUAAUUAUCGUGGAAAUCAACAACCUCAAUAUCAAAGUCGUCCACAAGAAAAUGUAAGGCCAAAAGAAUCACAAUCACAUGGCAGAGAUCAGGAGCUGUAUUUAGUUUACGCUCAAAGUCAGGCUAAUUAUGAGAACCAAAGAAGAGUACAACAAGAUCAAGACCCUAGGGUUCAUCAGCAUCAAAGUUUUGUAACUGAAUCAAAUGUUGAAACCCAAAAAUCAUUUACCAACAAAGGAAGCCCAACGCGUUUUUCUCUAAACUUAAAAGCUCGUCCUCCGUGUGUGCAUGAAGAAAAAGACGCUGAAACCUUUAAUGUUAAAGACAGGAACGGAGAGUCUCAACGACUUGAAAAUCAACCUGGAUAUGUCGAUAUCGUGUAUGCUGACCAAAAUAGUAACAAAGAACGUCACUUUGGUAACUUGAGGAUCGAACCGAAAAAAGACAGAAUUGUUUAUCGGCUCUCAGACUUGAUGAAGGACCUGGACAGUCAUCGUAAAUUUAUCAUCCACAACUUCACAGAAAGUGAAUUAUUGCUAAAAAGAAAUGAUGGAGUGAGAACUGCUGAAGAAUCAAAAAGGAUAAAAGAUUUGAUUCGAUAUGCUAAAGAUUUUCAAGAGGAACAAGGUUACUUUGAGGAAGGCAUGGAGAUAACUUAUCAUUUUGGCAAUGAAACUGAACCUAAAGUGUUUGAUGGAAAGAGGACAAAGCGUGCUCAUGAAGAUGAAAAUGAAGAUGACAUUAUCCAUGUGAUCAUGAAAAUUCAUGCUCCCUUAAUAAAAGUAAAGUCUGGUUAUGUCCUUAUGGGAUCUGUUGGAAAGCAGGUUUUGCGAGGCGAUGGAGUACUUAAUGCGCAAUUCACGGACGUAACUGGAGAGUUUACCGUGGAAUUGAAGAAGACUGGAAAUACAACGAUGAUUGUACGUGCAGCGAGGGCAAGGCUUCAAGCCAAUAGCAAGAAUGUCACUUUUCAGGGUAUGGACGAGAACGGACCAGUUGAAGAAAUUUUAACUCAAGGUUUAUUGGCUGCCGAAGCGGUUGCUGCGAUGUUAGCUGACGAUCUUGCUACAAAAGCACUUAAUGACACCGUUACUGAUGCUAUAAUUUACAAAAUGUAUAAAGAAUUACCAAAUAAUUCGUAA